GUACUUAGUACUAGUAAUAUUAAGGAAAUCAUUUCGGCUGAUCAUUUCAAUUCCUCAUCUUAUCCCAUCUUCUUAUCCUUCAAUUCCAUUCCAUUCCAAUAUGGCCGCAUCAAUCGCCGCCCCCGCCCCGCAGCCGCAGCCAAUUACCCAAUCCCUCCUCUUACCACUCCAAGACCGCGUAGCAAUCGUCACCGGCGGCUCUCGUGGCAUCGGCCGAGCAAUCUCCCUCCACCUCGCAUCCCUCGGCGCCAAAAUCGUCAUCAACUUCUCCUCCAACUCAUCCGAAGCCGACCUCGUCGCCUCCCUAAUCAAUACUAACAAUUCUUCUUCUUCCGCUGGAAAUCCUCGUGCCAUCACCGUCAAAGCCGACGUCUCCGACCCCGCCCAAGUCAAGUCCCUCUUCGACGCCGCCAAAUCCGCCUUCAAUUCCCAACCCCACAUCCUCGUUCACUCUGCCGGAGUACUCGACCCCAAGUACCCAACCCUGUUCGACACCACCCUCGAGGAAUUCGACCGAACUUUCGGCGUAAACACGAGAGGAGCAUUCCUGUGCUUCAAGGAGGCUUCGAAUCGGCUGAAGCGCGGCGGAGGGGGUAGGAUCAUAUGCCUGUCGAGUUCGAUGGUGGGGGCGCUGAGGCCUGGGUACGGGGCGUACGCGGGAUCCAAGGCGGCUGUGGAGGCGAUGGUGAAGAUACUGGCCAAGGAGCUGAAAGGGACGGGAAUCACUGCCAACUGCGUAGCGCCGGGACCUAUCGCGACUGAGAUGUUCUUUGCUGGGAAGACGGAGGAGAUGGUGAGGAGGGUGGUGGAUGAGUGCCCGCUGAGUCGACUGGGUGAGUCCAAGGAUGUGGCUCCUGUUGUUGGGUUCUUGGCUAGCGAUGCUGGUGAGUGGGUUAAUGGACAGGUUGUUCGUGUUAAUGGAGGCUACGUAUGAGCUGAGACUGUCUUAGAUACCACCACCGACGCCACCACCACUGAUGAGUGGAGUGGGUGAGUCUUUUUCUUUCUUUUUAGGCUCUGAACCCAUAGAAAGAAAAAUUAAAAAAAAAAAUUUGGUCGGAAGAAAAAGAGGGAAGAAUAUAAAAAUUUUAAGUGUAAUGUAUAGUAAAUUUUUCCUCUAAUAUUUUUUCUAUUUUAAUUUUCUUUCUUUUUCUUUCCUUUCUAUGGAUUCCGAACACUCUUUUCAUCCUUAAUUUCAACAACAAUGUUACUCACAUAACAAUUCAAAUACAAUAACUUACAUAAUAUCUCACACA